AAGAAGAUAUCAAACAAGAGAAAAUUCAUCAAGAGAUGAUUGAGGGUGUUGAAAAUUUUAAUCGAAGCGCCUUAAAGCAAACAAACACGGAAGAAAAGAGUGUGCUGCCCACAAAAGAAGAGAUCAUACUUGAAAAAGGACAGCAGGAACUCCUGAAGAACAUCCAAUCCUAUAAUCCAUCAAAUCUCAGACCCACCGAAACCGUAGAGAAGAAUCCACUUCCUACCAAAGAUGUUAUUGAACUGGAGAAGAGUGCAGCCUGAGAAGGGCGGGGGGGACCCCGUACUUGCUGUUCGGUCACUGUCGAGACUGCACGCAGCAAGGUGACUGCUCUCACAUCAUUGAAUUGUUCUGUGCAUGCCAUAUUUGAUCAGUCAUGACUUAUCAGGCUUCCGAGGUGCUGCUCAUUUUUAAAUGUAUUUCUUUUUUUUUUUGUAAAAAAAAUUUUUUAAUUAAAAAAAAAAAAA